GCUACAUUUUAGGUAGUCAAAUAUCCAUAAGUACAUUGAAGAUUGAGAAGCGUGUUAGUGUAUCCGAAGCCGUGAACUCACAGCACAUAAUUAUAUUUUGAAAUUAAAUCGUGACGUCAUUAUUCCCAUGGUGAUAAAAAUGUGGAGAUUGUGUUUUGUUUUAUAUCUAUUUAUUAAUAGCGGAAGAUGUAUUAGUAAGGAAGCAUUCCGAUUCAACCAUGAUACAAGUUUAUAUGGCCGUCAAGCUGAGAAGCAUCUACCGCCCUGUAGAGACUGCAGUUGUGGUGAGCGAAACGAAGAGCUUCGAGUGGUUGGUGGUACAGGAAGCAGCGUGAAUGCCUUCCCCUGGAUAGCUAGAUUGUUAUACCACCAGUCCUUUGGAUGUGGGGCUUCUCUUAUCAAUGAUAGAUAUGUGGUGUCUGCCGCCCAUUGUGUCAAGGGGUUUAUGUGGUUCAUGUUUCGUGUGAAAUUCGGCGAGCACAAUCGAUGUGAGAGCAAGGCGAUGCCGGAAAUGCGUUAUAUUGUGAAGAUAAUCGCUCAUAACUUCACCCUGACCGAGCUUACGAAUGACAUCACAUUACUGCGUCUGAACAAACCUGUUGAUUACUCGUAUGCUAUCCGACCUGUCUGCAUACCGCCUAUGGAAAGUAAAACAAAAACAUAUGCUCGAGAAAUGGCAACAGUAGCUGGAUGGGGUGCGAUGGGUGAAACAGGGAACUGGUCUUGUUCUCUCCUGGAAGCACAGUUACCGGUGCUUAGUGAAGAAGAAUGUUGGAACACCAGUUAUAAUAAAUCAAAGAUUAGAGACGUGAUGCUCUGCGCUGGAUAUCCUGCCACCGCCCAUAAGGACGCAUGUACUGGUGACAGUGGUGGGCCUCUAAUAGCUGAAAACCGUGAACACACAUAUGAUUUAAUUGGUAUUGUAUCCUGGGGUUACGGGUGUGCCAGAAAGGGAUUUCCUGGAAUCUACACAAGAGUGACCAAGUUCUUAGAUUGGAUAAGGGAUAACACUGCCGAUGCUUGUUACUGUGACAAUUUGUGGUUGCAGGAGCAAUGUCCUCAUUCUAGUUUGCAACCUCCGAGAGUCGGGACUUUAUGUAGUGUUUCCAUAGAUUUUAAAACACAUAAAGUAAAAAUGUGGACACUAAAUGUUGUGUUUUUAUUGUUUGCGUGUGUUUGUGCUCUGGGAGCAGAAAUAGAGUCACCAAAUGAAGCUAACACAUCUAAACUGAAACAAGUGCUUACGGAAUCCACGUUUGAUGAUGAGACAAAUAAGAUUUGUAAUUGUCGUUGUGGAGAACGUAACGAAGCACCGCGUAUAGUUGGAGGAGUGGAGUCAGCGGUAAACGAGUUCCCAUGGGUUGCGCGAUUGACUUACUUUAAAAAGUUCUAUUGUGGAGGCAUGCUCAUUAAUGACAGAUAUGUGAUGACAGCUGCCCAUUGCGUUAAAGGUUUGAUGUGGUUCAUGAUAAAGGUGACUCUGGGUGAACAUAACCGAUGCAAUGAAACUCAUAGGCCAAUCACUAGAUUUGUUGUCAACGUCGUGGCCCAUAACUUCACUUAUGUUGACUUUAGGAAUGACUUAGCUCUGCUGAAGCUAAAUGAUAAGGUGGAAAUUACGGACACAGUCAAACCAGUGUGCUUACCUCAUAAUGAUGAUAACGAAUACAUAGGAGUCAAAGCAAUAGCUGCAGGUUGGGGAUCGAUCGGCGAACAAAAAAAUCACUCCUGCCACCUUUUAGAAGUGGAAUUACCCGUUAUAAGUAACCAGGAGUGUAGGGAUACGAAAUAUGAAACCGCUAUGAUUGCUGAUAAUAUGCUGUGUGCUGGAUAUCCAGCAGAAGGGAAUAGGGAUACUUGCCAGGGUGACAGUGGGGGCCCAUUGUCAGCGGAGAGAACGGAUAAACGAUACGAAUUAUUAGGCAUCGUCUCCUGGGGUAUUGGAUGCGGUAGACGUGGUUAUCCCGGAGUGUACACCAGAGUGACAAAGUACUUGUAUUGGAUUAAGCAUCACGCACGCCAGGGCUGCUUCUGCAAAGACUAAGACUCCUCGCCUUUCCCAUACCCGUAUAGCAUUUUGCAAUAGCUAAAUAGAAAUCCAAUCUUACAUGAUCAUUGACGUUAUCGUAAUUAAAGAGCCCGCAUAUAA